AUGACCGGGGCCAGGGAAGAAGAUAUGGCUCACUUCCUUCCACGUAGUCUGUCGUAUGUGCAGGAAGGCUACACGGACGAAUAUAGUAUCAGUUCGGCAUUCGUACAGAACCCUCGAGAAGUGUGUCAAUCCAGAAAAGAUCGUCCGCAAUUUGUGCGUCUUUUCGAAGCGAUGGCCGAGGAGGGGGAAGCUAUGAGCAAACAGAAAACGGAGGCCAGGGGGUCUUCGGGGGACCAGGAUGAUGAUAGGACACGUGUGAUUGAGACGGAUGCUCCAAGCGCAGCUACAGAAGAUGGACAUGAAGUCGAUGACUACUACACAACGCUGGAAGCUUUUCUCAAAUUUGUGUCCUCGAAAGGUCCUGCAACCAAAGAUACAGAAAGUAACUUUUCACGAAGUGAGUUUAGAAAAUCCUCAUCUCUUAAGACAAACAAGACUCCACCCGGAACACCGGGAAGCAAAAAGAAAGUUGUCCGUUUCGCGGACGCAAUGGGUUUAGAUCUAAAUUUUGUGAAAAACAUUGGCAACGUAGACAUCCCGCCCAAAGUGCCGGCGUCUGCCUUAGCUGACCUGCGUGUAGGACUGGAACAGGACAGACGUGCAACAGGAAGCAGCUUUCUCACUGCCUGCUUUUCCCAGCCCGGGGCUAGAGAUGAUUUCAGAAAGGAAGUUUUUGCUCAAAAGGUGUGUUUGGAGAAUGCAAUGAUUGAAGGGAUGACGAUCACUGGGGUGAUACGGGUGGCUAACAUUUCCUUUAACAAGCUGGUGCAAGUGCGCUACAGCACCAACAGAUGGGCCACCUUUCAUGACAUAGCAGCAUCGUAUGUCCUGAACUCCUGCGACGGACCUACAGAUAGGUUCUCCUUCAGUAUUGUGGCACCUGCAGUCUUCGAUGUUGGAUUCAGGUUGGAAUUCGCCAUCUCCUAUUCCACCAGCAGUUCUGUGUUCUGGGACAACAAUGACAGCAUGAACUAUGCGUUUGAAUGUUUUGCCAAGACAGUCCCCACAGAGACAGAGAAUACUUGGAUGUCGUUUUUGUAAUGAUUGAUAGUGUUUUUUUCUAUAUAUAGUGGGGGCACUACUUGCCAGAGGUCAGGCUCGCUGACUUGGUUGAUGUAUGACAUCGUGUUCAAAUUGCGAUGUUCAUGAUGUCAAUAACUGGAUUGUCUGGUCCCGAAACAAUUUUUUACAGACCGCCGUCAUAUAGCUGGAAUGUUGCUGAGUGCGGCGUAAAACAACAAACCAACCAACAAACUUGCCAGAGUCGUACAACUAUACGAUUAUCGUUGUUCAAAACCAAGAUUAUGAUCUUUGAUUUAUCAGUAACAAAGCUGGUGUCGUGGGCUUAACCAAUGUGGUAAAGGUCAGAGACCCUGCGUUACUUUUGGCGUUCCCCUCACAUGUUGCUGACACGCCGUGGUAAGACGUUAAUAGUCUACCACCCCUUAACCAAACCCAUUCUCUGUAUGCAAUGUUACAACUAAACUGACGGCACAAAUAAUUAUAUCACACUUUUAAGUGGUCUGUGUACUACAGUGAGUGAGUAUGGUUUUACGCCGCUUUUAGCAAUAUUCCAGCAAUAUCACGGCGGGGGACACCAGAAAUGGGCUUCACACAUUGUACCCAUGUCGUGUACUACAGACAAGAACAAUGAAAUGAGGAGAGUAAUUUUCGUUAAAACAUGGCAUUGGCAUGCGCUGAAUAAAAUAUUCAAGAUAA